AUGGCCUCGCUCUGUGUCUGGGUGUUCACUGACAUCUCUGGGAUGGUGGUGGAGGUUAAACAGAUGUCCACAAAGGACAGGUUGGAGAGGAAGAAGUACAUGGGUGUGUGCAGUAACAUACAACAUAAGGAAUCACAAAAUUAUACACGAAUUUCAGAAUUUAUACUUUUGGGAUUUUCAGAAGACCCAAAAUGGCAGCCACUCAUCUUUGGACUUUUCUUCUUCAUGUACCUGAUCACUGUGCUUGGGAACCUGCUCAUCAUCCUGGCCACAGUCACAGACCCACACCUGCACACACCCAUGUACUUCUUCCUCUCCAAUUUGUCCUUUGUAGACAUCUCCUUUACCUCCACCACUGUCCCAAAGUUGCUGGUGAACAUCCAGACUGGCAGCAAAGCAAUUGGCUAUGAAGACUGUAUCACACAGAUGUACUUUUUCUUGCUUUUUGCGGGGUUGGACAACUUCAUCCUGGCUGUGAUGUCCUAUGAUCGCUUUGUGGCCAUCUGUCACCCCUUGCACUACACGGUUAUCAUGAAGCCCCAGCUCUGUGAAUUGCUUGUGCUGCUAUCCUGGAUCACAAGUGCCUUGAAUUCCUUAUUACACACCCUAAUGUUGUUGGGAGUAUCCUUCUGUACAGACCAAGAAAUCCCACACUUUUUCUGUGAACCUAAUCAAGUGCUUCACCUUGCCUGUUCUGACACUUUAAUUAAUAAUUUAGUUUUGAAUUUAGUUGCUGGUUUUCUGGGUGGUGGUUCUCUCACUGGCAUCCUUUUUUCAUAUUCUAAGAUUGUUUCCUCCAUAUGCAAAAUCUCAUCAGCUCAGGGGAAGUACAAAGCAUUUUCUACCUGUGCGUCUCACCUCUCAGUUGUCUCCUUAUUUUAUUGUACAAUCCUAGGAGUGUAUCUCAGUACUGCUGUGACCCAAAACUCACACUCAUCAGCAACAGCUUCAGUGAUGUACAGUGUGGUCACACCCAUGCUGAAUCCCUUCAUCUACAGUCUGAGGAAUAAAGACAUUAAGAGGGCUCUAAAAGUCCUCCUUGGUAGUUUAGCCAGGAAGUGGGACUCACCAUUAAACCUGUCAUACAGGAGUGGGAGAAGCAGUAACAAGAUGCCUCGGGUGGUGGAAGUGCUGAGUGGUCAGCCCCACCUUAAAAGUAAAGUUCAGUCCAGAGAUUCUGAUUCUGUGUCAGAUGAAGGAGGGUUGAGAGAUGCUCAGGCCCAUCAAGCACUGAGGAUCAACACAUGUGGAGUCACCUCACGGACCAAGAGAUUUCUUCUCUUGCAAAGCGUCCCCUACAGGCUGCUUACAGCCACCUAA